UCCUGCGGGACUACUGGGUUGCCAAAUGGAUUAUAACUAGUAGCAGCUAGAUCUUUUCAGUUGCUUGUAUUGGAGAAGAAUGUGAAAAUGUUUAAUUGUACACGAUGUUUCAGAAACAACAACAACAAGUCUUUCAUUUUUUACUCAUGAAGAGUCUUUUGUUGUGAAGGGGCGUUAAUCUUAAAUCGGCAGAUAUAGUCUGGUACCCGGAAUGGCGGCGUCUCUGUAAACACACUGUAUUAACAAUGCGAAGAUAAUUUUUUCAUGUGCAUUUUAAUGAAUUAGGACCAUAUUACAUCCGGAUGGAUAAGAAGAAGUUUACUAUUAAUUUGGGCGAUUCUGCUUUUACCACAGAACGACCUCAGGCGAAGUCCCUGUUUAAGGCUUCUUCGCGGAGCGACGAGCCCCCGGGUGAGGCCCCGGGCCAAGCCGCCCAGCCCCCGCUUUCCUACGCGGAGUUCAUUAUCCAGCGCAAAGGCCAGGCCGCUCAGUCCAGUGACGCGGGGGCACAAGGGAUCGGAGAGCAGGGAGCAUCUGCUAAGCAGUCGGCUGACAGCGAGACUGCGGAUGCGGGCGUGGGGGUGCAUGAACCGGCAGAUGCGCAAGGGGAAGCUGCGAGGUCAGACCUCGCACUCGGCAGUGGCCCAAAACCAGCCGGCACAGGGAGCAGCAUCAUCGUCAGCCCUCGACAGAGGGGAAACCCUAUUCUGAAGUUUGUGAGGAGUGUGCCGUGGGAGUUUGGUGAGGUCAUUCCUGAUUACAUCCUGGGACCGACAACCUGCGCUCUUUUUCUCAGCCUGAGGUACCACAACCUGCAUCCGAACUACAUCCAUGACCGACUGAAGAAUCUGGGGCAGACCUUCACUCUCAGGGUGCUGCUGGUACAGGUGGAUGUGAAAGACCCCCACCAUGCCUUGAAAGAGCUGGCACGCAUCUGCAUCAUGGCAGACUGCACCCUCAUAUUGGCCUGGAGCCCCGAGGAAGCCGGACGGUACCUGGAGACAUACAAAGCCUAUGAAAAAAAGCCAGCAGACCUCCUGAAGGAGCAGGUGGAGAAGGACUUCCUGUCCAAGGUCACAGACUGUCUGACGACAGUCAAAUCCAUCAACAGGACUGAUGCCAUAACCCUGCUCUCUACGUUUUCUUCUCUGGAGGGAGUAAUGAAGGCCUCAAAAGAAGACCUUGCACUCUGCCCUGGCCUGGGACCUCAGAAGGCUCGCCGUCUUUAUGACGUCCUACACCAGCCUUUCCUCAAGAGUAAGAGUAGAGCUGAAACGUAGUACCUGCCAGGCCUCUUCUCCCUGGGGACAGAACGCUGAGCAGAAUGUUACUCACAUGCUGGGUUUGGUGUGGACAGACUAUGACUAAGGAUGGACUCUAUCUCAGGAAAGGAACUUUUUAAAUCAGCAUUACAUGACCAAAAUAUUUAUUUCAAUAAAGCCUUGUUAGUUUAA